AUGGCUAGAACCAGAGAAGAGGCGGCAUCUGCUUCUGCAGACCUCCCUGCCCGAAGGUCAUCCCGCGCCAGCGCCGAGGGCGUAAGCAAACCAGAGCCCAGUGGUCGAGCGCGUGGAAGACCUCGAUCAAAUAAACCACCAAGGGAGCCUACUGGCCGGCCGCGUGGAAGACCCAGGCUAAACAAGCCGCCAAAGGAACCUACUGGACGUCCCAGAGGCCGCCCCAAGGGUAGUGGCAAGAAAGCCGUGGAGAAGAAAACACCAACCAAGACAACGGCUACGAGAGCCGGAUCACGCGGUCGCCCGCGCAAGCUUGUUGGGGGGGAGGCGGCCGCGAUGGCGAAGACUUCUACUCCCAAGGCCAAGAAUGGACGGGGGCGGACCAGGAAAUCAGGCGACGCGACACUAGUCGCUGAAGUCGAGACAGUCGAGGAGGCGAAGCACGCGGCAGAGGAGCUGGAGGCAGCAGGGGAGGAGGGCAUGGACGUGGACACGCCGGAUGCCGAUAUCAGAGGAGACGUUGAGGAUGUCGACGACUCUGAAGAUGCUGAAGGCGAUGACGCUCUCGACAGUGAGUAG